CCUUCUUUUCACAUUGCUCUAGGGGCAUUUUAUGGCAUGAAUGGAAUAGGUUGCGCGAAUAUGACGGGGUCGGACGUAAAGGCAGAAACAUCCAUCGCCACAUCCAACGUCACUGGUGUACCUACGAAACGCAACUCGCUCUAAUCUCUUCAUCACUGGAGCUCGUUAAAAAUGUGGAGCAUCCUGAAGUUCGGGGAGAGAAUUUUCUCUCCGUUCCGUCCGGUCAAAUAUCAUGGCAUCGGUAACGAGCCAGCGGAGUGUUUGACACUGUGUGGAAUUGUUUGGGGAAAAGAAGUGAACACGGAUUUCGCACCAGGUCAGAACAAUUUUGACCAAACCGGAUGCUGAAGUUGCAUAAGGUUAUGUUACUACUUAUCGCCGAAAACGGACUGUUUGAAGUUUAUGGUAAUCUGAGCGACAUUUCUCACUCUGCGCAACCUCUGGCAUUGGAGAUCCUUACAGUUCAGAGAUUCUUACAGUUCAGAUAUUCUUACAGUUCAGAGAUCCUUACAGUUCAGAAUCAGUAGGGUCCGUAUUUCUUCUCCAGUGAGAAUCGUAGCGGUAAAAAAAUGGCAGUGUCUAAUGUGGUCUUUUCUGAUGUGGAAACUUUUCUAGAUAACCACCCUGAAUUAUUCGAGGACUAUCUAAAUAGAAAAGGAAAGUACAGUAUGGUCGAAAAAUGGCUCAAAACCCACCAAGCAAGCAAAACUCCCGUGAAUUGCACCACAGAAUACGAGAAGCCUAAUAUGUGUAAGGACAGCUGGGCGAGUAGGGGAGACGGUCUACAGAGACGGGCAUCACAGAAAGAACUGCGCAAAACUUUCGCCAGAUCUAAAGCCGUCAACGCCAACAGGACGUACGACGAGCACGUAAACUCACGGGCCCAGGAGCCGCUGACCAGCAUGCGGAGGAGAGCGUUGCUGAGGAAGGCCAGCUCGUUGCCCCCGACGACGGCGCACAUCCUCUCCGCAUUACUCGAGUCCCGCGUCAACAUUCCGCAGUACCCGUCCACCGCGGUUGAUUUUAAGUACUACCUCAAGGAGCACAACGAGCGGGAAUUUUUCCUGGAGCUGGUCAAAGACAUCUCCAACGACUUGGAUUUAACGAGCCUGAGCUACAAGAUCCUGGUGUUUGUGUGUAUCAUGGUUGAUGCUGACCGCUGCUCCUUGUUCUUGGUGGAGGGAACAGCGAAUAAAAAGACCCUAGUUUCCAAAUUCUUUGACGUCCACGCCGGAACUACAGUUUUGCCAUCUCUCAGCAACUCCGAUGAAGUCCAGGUUCCUUGGGGGAAGGGAAUAAUAGGCUAUGUUGCUGAGCAUGGAGAGACCGUUAACAUCCCCGACGCGUAUCAGGACCACCGUUUCAGUGAUGAGAUAGACAAGCUGACGGGUUAUAAGACCAAGUCCCUGCUGUGCAUGCCCAUCCGUAACAGUGAUGGGGCAAUCAUUGGAGUUGCACAGGCCAUCAACAAGAGUCCCAGCGGCGCGCUCUUCACCGAGGAUGACGAGAAGGUGCUGCAGAUGUACCUGCCUUUCUGUGGCAUCGCCAUCUGCAAUGCUCAGCUCUUCGCUGAGUCCAGGAAGGAGUAUGACAGGAGCAGGGCUCUGCUGGAGGUGGUGAAUGAUUUGUUUGAGGAACAGACCGACCUGGAGAAGAUUGUGAGAAAGAUCAUGCACCGAGCUCAAACCCUGCUCAAGUGUGAACGCUGCUCCGUACAGCUACUGGAAGACAUCGAGUCUCCGGUAGUGAAGUUCACCAAGUCCUUUGAACUGCUGUCACCAAAGUGCAGCGCUGACGCAGAGAACAGCUUCAAGGACAGCAUGGAGAAGUCCUCCUACUCCGACUGGCUCAUUAACAACAGCAUAGCUGAGCUGGUUGCCUCCACAGGCCUGCCUGUCAACAUCAGCGACGCCUACCAGGACCCGCGCUUUGAUGCCGAGGCAGACCAGUUCUCUGGCUUCCACAUCCGUUCAGUGUUGUGUGUGCCCAUCUGGAACAGCACCCAUCAAAUCAUCGGUGUAGCUCAGGUUCUGAACAGACUGGACGGGAAACCGUUUGAUGAUGCAGACCAGAGACUGUUUGAGGCGUUUGUGAUAUUUUGUGGGCUUGGGAUCAAUAACACUAUAAUGUACGAUCAGGUGAAGAAAUCUUGGGCCAAGCAGUCUGUUGCACUGGAUGUGCUGUCAUAUCAUGCCACCUGCUCCAAGACAGAGGUGGACAAGUUUAAGGCUGCCAAUAUCCCUUUGGUGUGUGAGCUGGGCAUUGAUAAGAUGUCCUUUGAUGACUUCUCUCUGGAUGUGGACGCCAUGAUAACUGCUGCCCUACGCAUGUUUAUGGAGCUCGGAAUGGUGCAGAAAUUUAAGAUAGAUUACGAGACUCUGUGUAGGUGGCUGCUGACCGUUAGGAAGAACUAUCGUAUGGUUCUGUACCACAACUGGAGACACGCGUUUAACGUCUGCCAGUGCAUGUUCUCGAUGCUUACUACGGCAGGCUUCCAAGAGACGCUGACGGAGCUGGAGACGCUGGCGCUCCUGGUGGGCUGUGUUUGCCAUGACCUGGACCACAGAGGAACCAACAAUGCCUUCCAAGCCAAGACAGGCUCUGCUCUGUCUCUCCUCUACGGGACCUCAGCCACACUGGAACACCACCACUUCAACCACGCUGUCAUGAUACUGCAGAGUGAGGGACAUAACAUAUUCUCCAACCUGUCGUCACGGGACUACGGAGACCUGAUGCAGCUGCUGAAACAAUCCAUCCUGGCUACAGACCUUACACUGUAUUUUGAGAAUAGAAGCAGUUUCUUUGAGCUGGUCAAAAAAGGAGAAUACAACUGGAAUGUGAAAGAGCACAGAGAUAUGUUCAGGUCGAUGUUGAUGACGGCAUGUGAUUUGGGAGCUGUAACCAAGCCCUGGGAGACCUCUCACAAGGUAGCUGAGCUGGUCACCAGCGAGUUCUUCGAGCAGGGAGACCGGGAGCGAUCGGAGCUGAAGCUGACUCCCUCGGCAAUCUUUGACCGUAACCGGAAAGACGAACUUCCAAGUUUACAGCUGGAAUGGAUUGAUGGUAUCUGUGCUCCUCUGUACGAGACGCUGGUCAAGCUGAACCCUAAGCUGCAGCCGAUGGUUGACAUGAUCCGGGCCAACCGAGUCAAAUGGGACGAGCUCCACCAGAAGAGGCAGCGCAGCCAAGAGCAGGCCAACCCCGAUGGCCCCUCCGUGGCCGGCUGCAGCUGUGCCAACCCCGACAUUGGCACCAAGCCCGGGAGUUAGCCCUCCACGAGCACCUCACGACCUCUGCCCUCUGACCUGCAGGCCGAGCACAGCACUGUGCAUGCGGGGAGUCUUGACUCGGCUGCGAGCUUCCAGCUGUGAGGCGCAAAGACGUGGAGCUUUGAGCUUACAGUGCCCCCCUUCAGGUUGCAUGUAUGAAUUCUCGUCGCUCGGUGUGAGGAUUUCAGACAGCCGGGACAGAGAGUUUCUGUUUGGCUGCGCACUGCGAGUCGUGCACGUUUAUCUAGCGCCGGUUUUCCCACCCAGAGAACUCUCUCUGUUCUAGACUCAGGAAGAGGCAGCGUCUUUAAAGCUGGGAUACUAACAUAGAUGCUGUUUUAACUGGCCUGUUGUGUUAUCUAGCUCUGGCAGGGAUGACUAGUAAGCAUUGCCACUGUUACACAAGUAUAUUGUCGUAGUACCUUUUCUUAAUGUUGCUUUGAUCAUGUUUAGUAGGAAUAUCUGUGUGUGUGUUUGGGGAGAGUGUUCCCUGUUUUGUACUGUACAUAUUGUGAAGUGCUGAGUUAGGGGUGAACUGCAUACUACGAGUUUGGACGAAGGUGUGGGCUCUGUUUUCAGCUAAUGUAAUUACCAGAUCAGGGGUUCGCUGAGCUUAAUGGCUCAUAGCAAUGCUUGCAAUGCAAAUAUAACAGUGCUGCUCUUUGUGCCUUUGUUUUAAAAAACAAAAACAAAAACAAUUUCCAUGAAAGAUGCAUGUGUUGUUCUUCCAGCUUCACAAUGGUCUACGGUGUGUAUCAUUAAGAGCUGUGCAGCCGGUAUGAUGUCCUUCUGGAUCCAUGACGUUGCUGCUUCAUUAAAGCUCCAUAUAUUACCACAGAAUAUUUACCUGAGCAGGUUCAUCUAUAUUCACACCUUCCCUUAUCAAACUUGGUCCAAACAUUAGUCAUACUGUGUCGCGGUUCGGAAUAAAACUUUGGUUAGUUUGGUUUGUACUAGGCUUUGUAUUGUGUAUUCUAAACUAUAACCAUUACUGUCGGGAGUUCAGUCCGAUUCACGGAAUCAUGUGCCUUUUUGAAGAUUAAUAAACCACAUACGAGCUAUUCUUAGAGCUAAAACUAAUUUAAAGUGAGGCAUCAACACUGUUAAAAUAUAUGUAUUUUUUCCACUUAGUAUAAGUCUGCUCUUUUGAUGAUAACAUUCAGCCAUGUGACAUUAUCAAACCAAGUGUUUGUAAUUUGGAGACCCGAAUCUAUCGCCCAUCAUUACAGUGAACUCCACAACAUUCGUGGCCACAUAGAAACAGCUCGUGGGGGAAAGAGUAGUGUUCUAAACAUGAACUCUCCAAAACAACCAUGCUUGAGCCCCAGACAAGAACAGCCCCUAUAACAGACGUUUAAGGCUGCAGCUGAUUCGCUCUGGCCCCUGUAGUCACUUCAUUCCAUGCUCCUCCAUCCCAGAAGAUGCGCUGAUACCGACGUGCAGGUUGUGACCUACAGUGCAGCUAAAUCCAGACCGACUGUUAUUCCCUAAUUCGGCAGCUGGACCGCCAAGCAUCGCAUCGAGAACGCCUUUACAUGCUUUUGUACAAUCGCUUUGACAUAAAUCUUAAGUGCACAGGAUGAUUCCGUAGCUGAGACCAGAACGUGUCCUGGACAUAUUAAUCCUUCCUGAAUAAUCUGUUUUAUCAUAACAGUUAUUUUUAAAUCAGACACCCGUUUCCUUUGCGUGUAACUGCUUUAUCUUUCCCUCGGUAUCUGGUUACAGUCUGAAAUCGUGUCGUUGCAUUGUGAUGCGUCGCAGCGCAUUUUGUAGCAUGGGCCUUCCUGUGGAAAUGGAAAGGGAAUGACACGCUCAUUGAAAAAGGAGCAAUUCUAACUGCAUGGAAACUCUGGAUGUAGCAAUUAACAUGCCGAGUUAUUUACCUCUAAUAUUGGAAAUUUACAAGUAAUUUCAUCAGUCUUUUGAUUUAGUGUGCAUGCAUGGGUAACGGUAUUGCACCAUAGUGGAGGAAAUUCUGUGUUUUUCUUUCUGUAUGAUUGUCACUUAUUUUGUAAACGUGGCCUAUGCUUUGAGUGAUCAGCAUUGGACGAGUUCUCCGCUGCACCGGGUAAACGCCCGGGCGGUCCGCUCUUACGUCUCCUUGGUUCAACCCUUUUUGCGUUUAGGGGACAGCAGAAACUGGAGAUGUGUUUGAAGCAUGUUAUUUGGAAAUGUGAA